CUUCCUUCACCAAUACAGUCACAAUAUUUCAUCUGAGUUUCUUAAAUCUAAGGCAUUGAAAUGACUACGUUUUCUUCUUUUUUUCUAUGUUUCCUAAUAGCCGGGACUUACAUGACUCCAGAGUGUUUCAACAUGGAGAUUAUCGGCGGGAGAGAAGCGUCACCUCAUUCCAGGCCAUUUAUGGCUUCCAUGCAGUAUGGCGGCAAUCACAUUUGCGGGGGAGUGCUGAUACAUCCACAGUGGGUGCUAACAGCAGCUCACUGCCACUCUCGGUUUGCCAAAGGCCAGUCUUCCAAAGUGGUUUUAGGAGCACACUCUCUCUCAAAGAAUGAGGGCUCCAAACAAACAUUUGAGAUUAAAAGAUUCAUACGAUUCCCAAGAUUUACAUCAGAUCCUAAAUCAAAUGAUAUUAUGCUGGUUGAGCUUCACACGGCCGCAAAACUCAACAAACAUGUCCAACUGCUCCACCCAAGAGCCAAAAAUGAUAUUACAGCUGGAACAAAAUGCCAGGUUAUUGGCUGGGGAGCCACUGACCCACAAUGUUUAAGGCCCUCUGAUACCCUGCAAGAAGUCACUGUUACUGUCAUAAGUCGAAAAGUUUGCAACAGCCGAAGUUAUUACAACCACAACCCUAUUAUAACUAAAAACAUGGUAUGUGCAGGAGACGCCAGAGGCCAGAAGGAUUCCUGCCAGGGUGACUCAGGGGGCCCUUUGAUCUGCAAAGGUGCCUUCCAUGCCCUAGUCUCCGGAGGUGGUAAAUGUGGUGAUGCCAAGAAACCUGGAAUCUUCAUCCUCUUAACCUGGAAAUACCAGGCUUGGAUCAAAAGCAACUUGGCCCCAUCUCACACAAACUAAGACCCAUCUCAUGAUUUUCUUGGCUCUACCAGUUGCUUGUUUUCAUUUUUGUUUCAUAAUAUGUUCCACAGGCCAACUUAUCUUCAGAGGUAGUUGAAUGUAGCUAAAGUGGAGCACAGUUAGGGUCCACUCCUGACCCAUUAGGACUGAUUUUGUUAAGGAAUCAAGUUCUUUUUCACAUGUACCACUGAUGUAUUUCUACUCUGCUGAUCUUAUUCUGAAUAAAAUUUAGAAGACUAUCUGCUUGUCUUAUAUGGAAAUAAGAUACAGGGAAUGAUAUAUCCUCCAACUCCAUGCACACUCCCCCCAAAGGGCAAAAAGGUGAUUAAACAAGACAGUAAUGGCAUCACCUUUAA